AUGGUGGUGGAGAAGAUUUUCAAGCCUGGGCCUUUGAACCUACAGGAAGUUAUACUGUCAAAACUGCGUACCGUGCUCUCGAAAUCCAGGCCGCCUAUACUGUUGCUAGCAAGGCAGACAGUGUUGCAAACACUACCUCACAGGCAUGUUGCAAAAUCAAGGGCCGGCCUGAAGUGGGCCGUGCGUGUCUGGCCCGGAACAGCAGCGGCAGGCAGGAAGGAAGAAGGACCGAAGGAGCAGUACCAAACGUCACCGGCGGCGAUGCCCAGCGCGCCACCCGUCUCCUCCGCCGUCUCCAAGCUCCACUCGCGAUGCCACUCACUCUCCACCAUACAGCAGCUGCACGCCCACAUCCUCCACCACCACGCCCCCUUCCCGUACAACCACUUCCUCUCCAAGCUCCUAUCCAUCUCCUCCUCCUCCGGCGCCACCACCAGCGCCGCCGCCGCCGACUACGCGCUCCUCCUGCUCGCCUCGCACCCGGCCCCCACCGCCUUCUCCUUCAACGUCGCCCUCCGCUUCUUCGCCGCCUCGCGCCCACACACCUCCCUCCAGCUCUCCCUCCGCAUGCUCCGCUCCGCGCUCCGCCCUGACGCCUACACGCUGCCAUUCCUCCUCCUCGCCGCCGCACGGUGCCCCGCGCCCGCCUUCGCCGUCUCGGCGCACGCGCUCCUGCAGAAGCUCGGAUUACAAAGCCACGACCACACCGUCCACUCCCUUAUCACCAUGUACUCCAACCUCGGCCGCCCCCGCGCCGCCCGCAGGGUGUUCGACGGAAUCCUCCGGCGGGACGUCGUCUCCUGGAACUCCAUGAUAAAGGCGUACCAGGCGGCGGGGAUGAAGGACGACGCGGCGCGCAUGUUCCGCGCGAUGGUCGCCGAGGGCGCGGUGGCGCCCAACGCGGUGACCGUGGCGGUCGUGCUCGCGGCGUGCAGGGACGCCGGAGACCUGGUGCUUGGCAGGUGGUUGGAGGACUGGGUGAGGUCUGCGGGGAUGGAGGUGGGAUCGCUCAUCGGCUCGGCUCUCGUUGGGAUGUAUGAGAAGUGCGGAGAGAUGGCGGAGGCGAGGAGAGUGUUCGAUGCCAUCGCUGACAAGGAUAACGUCGCUUGGAAUGCCUUGAUCACUGGGUAUGCACAGAACGGCAUGUCAAAGGAAGCCAUUUCCUUAUUCCACAGCAUGCGGCAAGCAGGGGCACGUCCAGAUAAGAUAACCUUGGUAGGGGUGCUCUCCGCCUGUGCUGCAGUUGGAGCUCUGGAGCUAGGCACCGAACUCGACAGCUAUGCCUCACAAAGAGGCUUCUACGGCAAUGUCUAUGUUGGGACUGCUUUAGUGGAUAUGUACUCAAAGUGUGGAGAUCUUACCAGAGCCAUACAAGUGUUUGAGAAAUUGCCAUGCAAGAAUGAAGCUUCAUGGAAUGCCUUGAUUUGUGGUCUUGCCUUUAAUGGGCGAGGCCAUGAAGCUAUUCGGCAGUUUGAACUGAUGAGGAAGGAGGAAGGGCUCCGGCCGGACGAUAUCACUUUCAUAGGAGUACUUUCUGCUUGUGUGCAUGCAGGGUUACUGAAAGACGGCCGGCGUUGGUUCGAUUCCUUGACAUCUGAGUUCCAAAUCAUUCCCAAGAUCGAGCACUACUCCUGCAUGGUUGAUUUAUUGGCACGUGCCGGACAUUUAGAAGAAGCAUGGGAUUUCAUUGAGAAGAUCCCUGGUAAGGCGGAUGCGGUGAUGUUGGGGGCUUUGCUUGCUGCUUGUCGGAAAUGCAAAAAUGUUGAGGUCAGUGUCAAGGUCAUCAACAGGAUCAUGCUGCUGGAGCCCUCAAACUCGUGGAACUACGUGGUUUCAUCCAAGAUAUAUGCAAGCUCAGAUAGAUUAGAUGACUCUGCACGGAUGAGAGGGCUGAUGAGAGAGAGAGGUGUCAGCAAAAUUCCAGGUUGCAGCUGGCUUGAAGUUAGCGGCAGAGUUCUUGAAUUCUAUGCAGGGGAUGAACCACAGCAUGGUGCGGAGGAUAUGUAUCAACUCCUCCACAUGCUUGUUGAUGAGAUGAGACUGGAGGGAUAUGUUCCAAAUCUUGAUCUGGUUUAACACACAACCAGAUGCAGAUCAGCCUCAGUAUUGCAGUCAUACGUGAAAGAAAGGAGGUGACUCUUAUUUUUUUCUCAGAGGAGCAGAAACAUCUGCUGAAAUGCUGAAUAUAAAUGUUGGAUUGCCAAGAUGGAAUAUUGUUUUGCAUUCCUUCUCUAUGACUGGAUACCCGGAUCGAACCAGGUCUAUUUUGAAUCACCUAUCAACAGAGAUCUUUGAAUUUUAUGGCACCAUGCUUAGUCAUGUGCAAUGGUUGGCUGCUUGAGCUGUGUCUAUGAAAAUACCUGAUUCAGUUGUAGCCACCCUUGAAACUUUCAAGAGCCGAUUUCAAUUCGCCAAUGGAGUCAAUUGGUUUUGCGAGUUGUCAGAGCAUGCUAUAUAAUCACGAAUAUGGAAAACCAUAAAGUGUCAUAUAAAUUAUUACAUUGUAUCAUCUUCUGGCUGAACAUAUUCAAGACUCUAGUCUAAAAGAAAAAUGAAUUGGCACUCACCUAAUGUUGGUGUUUUCGGAAAAAUAGCAUUCCAGGUGGAGUGGAGAUGGGAUCCAGAGGAGCUACGUUUGCUCCAAGUCAGCAUUCAUGCAGAUUUUUUUGGGGGUAAAUUCUUCAGAGGUCAGGAGCUGGGAUGUUCUUACUGCCAGUAUCAUCUUACAUCGGUGACUAUGAACAAUCAAUUCUUCGAAGAAUGGAUUGAGACAGAACUCUUUCAAUCAAAUACUUGUAGGGACAAACGAAAGAAUGAAGGUAUAAUUGUGGGGUCCAUUUGCCAGUCUAAAAAUCCUGUACAAGUAUUUUGUAUUGCAAAACAGACCAAAGUAUGUAUCCUAUACUAUUUUGCUUGUUUCCAACCAUGUGCGAUUCU